GAAGGGAAGGAAGGAAGGGGAAGAGGAGGAGCCUCCGAGGCGAAGGCGGCAGAAGCAGCGUUAGCAGCAGCAGCAGCAGCAGCGACGGCGCAAUAGUACAAUAGGGCUCUUGUGAACUGCCGGCCUCCUCCUCCUCCUUCGCGAGGGCUGGAAGCAGGCGUGGCGGCGGCAUGAGCGAGGGCCCGCCGGGCUGGUAGCGAAGGAAGCGGGCGCGGAGACGGACCAACCGGCCGCCCCCUCCAGCCCGGAGCCACAAGCAUGCGUCAGGAUGAAACGCCACAGGCAUUUAAGCAGCAGUGACAGUUCAGACAAUGAAAGUCCUUCCACGUCUUUCUCAUUUUGUUCUAAGUACAGGAGCAAAUCAAAAACUCCAGCAAAUGAGCAAAAGAAACCUGCUGAGGUGUUUCGAAAAGAUCUUAUUAGUGCCAUGAAGCUGCCAGAUUCUCACCAUGUUAACCCAGAUGAAUAUUACCUUUUUGCGGAUUCAUGGAAACAAGAAUGGGAAAAAGGUGUACAAGUCCCAGCCAGUCCUGACACCAUUCCACAACCUUCUCUCAGAGUUGUAGCAGAAAAAGUAAAGCAAGUACUGUAUACGAGGCCUAGAAAGUAUAUCCGUUGUUCCAACCAAGAGUCUUCCGAACCUGGCUAUAUCAACAUUCUGGAACUGGCAGAAUCCAUGUGUCGUUAUGACUUGGACGACAUGGAUAUCUUCUGGCUGCAGGAAGUGAACGAGGAGCUUGCUGAAAUGGGAUGUGGGAAGCUUGAUGAAAACACAAUGGAGAAGAUGGUGGAAGUCCUGGAACGCCAGUGUCAUGAGAAUAUGAACCAUGCCAUCGAGACAGAGGAAGGAUUGGGCAUAGAAUAUGAUGAAGAUGUCAUAUGCGAUGUGUGUCGAUCCCCUGACAGCGAAGAUGGGAAUGAUAUGGUGUUUUGUGACAAAUGUAACAUCUGUGUGCAUCAGGCAUGUUAUGGUAUCCUAAAGGUUCCUGAAGGGAGCUGGUUGUGCCGUACUUGCGUUCUAGGUAUACAUCCUCAGUGUCUUUUAUGUCCAAAGAGAGGUGGAGCCAUGAAAGCCACGAGAACGGGAACCAAGUGGGCACAUGUGAGCUGUGCUCUCUGGAUUCCAGAGGUAAGCAUUGCUUGUCCAGAAAGGAUGGAGCCCAUUACAAAAGUGUCCCACAUUCCGCCAAGUAGAUGGGCUUUAGUUUGCAGUUUGUGCAAACUGAAAACUGGUGCUUGUAUUCAGUGCUCUGUGAAGAGCUGUAUCACUGCCUUUCAUGUCACAUGUGCCUUUGAGCAUAGCCUGGAGAUGAAAACAAUCCUGGAUGAUGGCGACGAAGUCAAGUUCAAGUCAUACUGUCUCAAACAUAGUAAAACCAAGCAGAGCUUGAUGCCUGAGGCAGAUAACAACCCCAAGAACACAAUAGAGCAGAAGCAGACGGAGAGUGAGAAGACCAGUUUGCGUGCUCAGAAACUCCGGGAAUUGGAGGAAGAGUUCUAUUCGCUUGUGAGAAUAGACGAUGUUGCUGCAGAGCUUGGCCUCCCUAAGCUCACUGUAGACUUGAUUUAUAAUUACUGGAAACUGAAGCGGAAAAGUAACUUCAAUAAACCUUUAUUUCCUCCCAAGGAGGAUGAAGAAAAUGGCUUGGUUCAGCCAAAAGAAGAUAGCAUUCAUACUAGAAUGAGGAUGUUCAUGCACCUAAGGCAAGAUCUAGAAAGGGUAAGAAAUCUUUGCUACAUGGUAAGCAGAAGAGAGAAGUUAAAGCUUUCUCACAGUAAAGCUCACGAGCAAGUUUUCAAUUUGCAAGUCCAGCUCAUUAAUCAGGAAAUUGCUGCAGGCCAUUCUCUGACAACUGCACUAGAGAAUACACUGUUUUACCCACCUCCUAGAAUUACCUUGAAGCUAAAGAUGCCAAAAUCAGCAUUGGGAGAUUGCAAAAAUAACUUGAAACCUGGGAACAAACUGCUUUCUCCUGACAGCAAUGCCCCCUUCCACAGCAAAAAGGGUGCUCCGCUCUCCAAGGAGACUUUUGCUUCAAAUGUGAAAUCCUGCUCCAAGUUUCAUCACGAAAAUAGAAGUAAUGGUGUACUGGGAGGGCUUGUGAAGUCCAGGAAUGGAACAAAGGACUCUGGGCCUGCAAAUUCAGCAGGUCUCCAUCACAGGCAGCUCUCUGGCAAACCCUUAGCACUUCAAGCCGCACUGCAUGGACAAUCUUCCAUCGGGAAUGGGAAAAUCCAAGAUAGCUCCAAACAAGCCAAAUCGAAUGGCGUGAUGAGAAGAGUAGGAGACAUCACUCAGCGAGACAGCUCUAGCCAAACAACAUACGAGCAGCAACAGCCUGUUCUGCCUGUUCGCUUGGCCAGCCAGAGCAGCUUCAAGAAAUCCACCAUGGAACACUUUAGCAGGUCCUUCAAGGAAGCCACCAAGAGUUUGGUGAGGACCACAGAAGAUCUCAGGUGUUGUGAAAAGCCCUUGAGGAGAUUCUCCAUGAGGGAGCGUUCGUGGGGCAGGCCGACCCUGGAGUACCAGGUGGGGAGUGCCCCUUACCAGGACAACGACGGGUAUUGCCCCGAUGUGGAGCUCAGCGACUCUGAAGCAGAGAGCGAUGAGAACAAGGGACAGAUGAGACUCCGGAAAAGCAGCUCAGAGAGAGGGAGCCCGAGUAGAGACUUCAAUAGAGACUGUCACACUAGAAAUAAAAGAAAUAUGGUUUCACACAGAUCUGUGCAAAGGUGAUGGCAUGCCACUUGGCCUUUGUGUGUCCAAGAGACACCAGUCUUGGAUAUCUGCAGGUUUCAAUAUAGGGCCCUUAAGCAAACGACCAACUUGUUUUUCCACCCAAACAGUUAAUGGUUUGGUCUUUGGUGAGGAUUGGGGUUUCCUAAGGUGCUAUAAGUCUUUAUCCCUUCCAGAAAUGAUUUAAAUUUCUGCUACCCUUUACAGAAUGUAAUACAUCAGGAUUGUCCUGGUGAACAAAAAAAAAGCCAUUCUACCAUUUUCUGACAAUCUGCAAGAAAAGGAUGAGACAGUUGCAGCUACAACAGAAUCUCAUCUCAUUAAAAUGCUUAAGCAAACUCUUGUUUUGUGGGGAGAUUGUACCAGUCACAAGAGUCUGUGCUUAAAAUUGGGGUGUUUGCUCAAGAUUUUUUUUUAAUGGGAGGUAUAUGGCUACUAGGCAGAAAUCGAGUUCUCAAGCAAUUUUAGAAGGAAGCCUUUGAUCCUAAAUACUUGGAAGUAAGACCUAUUUUAACUCGGUUGGAUUUGCCUCAAAAUAAAGUUGAGGAUAAGUAAUAGUUUCUCCUGAAUUGCAUAGAAAGGUUUACAAACUUCACAGUCAAUGAUGCCAAACACACAGACCUCUAGAUUUCCCCCGUCAUUAAGGCUCUUUCCCUUCACUAUAGCAGUUUGAUUUAGUCUGUAAAUAAGUCUUUAAUUCUGAUAUUUUUAAAUUGUUUUUAAAUCUUUGUGUACAUAACGGCUUGUUGAGGGUUGCACUUGUAAAAUAUUUUACCCACCCAGCCAAUGCAUACAGUUGAUAUGUGCAUAAUGUUUAAUACUAAACGUGCUUAAUCUUCUUAACAUAUUCAGGCAAUCACCGGUGAUGCUAGAGUCUCCCUUGUAAACUAAGAAGGCUUUUUAAAAACCUUAGACCCACAAAACCAUCCAUAUUUCCCCUCUAAUCCCCUUCAGCAACAAAUAUUGCAUUAGAUUUCUGAGCCAAAAUUUGAAAAAUCAUUAUAAGAGUAUUUGUAUUGCUUUCCAAACUUAAACAGUGAAAAUGCUGAAAUUGAAUAUUUUUAUUGCUAAAGAGCUUGGAAACUGUUUGGGCCACUUUAUUGUUUAACUAGAUUUUUAAAUCCUUUUUAAUACAUGUUUUAAGACACAGACACACCAGCUUCAUGGAAGUCACACGCUUGUUCAUUGCGACACACCUGUCUUUUUUCUUAAACAAUUUAUCCCAAAAACAAUUCAUUUAUAGAAUCAUCACAGUUUUCUUUGUUAAUUAAGUGCAUAUUAGGCAGUAAAAGUUAAUGAGGUAAAUUUGAAACUUAAUGGAUAAUGUAUCACAAAGAAUAAGAGUAAGAUGUUUUCUUAAAAGCCUUAAUUGUUGCAUUUAUCUGGAAAGAAUAAAUUCUUGAUAAGAAAACUUUGAAGGAUAUUUUUAAAAUGACAAUUAUUCGCUUUAGGCACUGUUAAAGUUUACUUUGUUUACUCUUUAAUAUUUUUUUUGAAGAGAUUUAUUUUUAAGACAUUUUCCUUGGUGUAAAUAUACUGUAGUUUUAAAAAGGUUUUCUAAAAGUUCGUUAAAAAUGGUUUGCCUUUAAGUUGUGAGCCAUUCAGAAUGGUGCUGAUCAUUAUCUAUACAAUACAUUGGUUCUAGUUCUUUUUAACAUAUAUUUAUUAUUGAUACUUUUCCUGGUCAUGAAAUUAGAUGCAGUUGAAUUUGGGAACAAUUACAUCAACGGUCAGAAAACACAAUCAUGUUUUUAUAUUCAGUGAUAUGAUGAUGAAUUAAAUGGUGAAAAAUGGUGCUUCAGCAAAAUUUGCUAACUUAACAGGAUGACUAAAAUAUAUCAAUUCAGGCAAUGGUGUUUUUAUUUUGUUAGUUUUACAUGAUUUUAAUAGAUACAUGAAGGAACCUUUGGCUACAUAGCUUCCAAGUAUCUGUCUCCAAAGUAUAUUUGCUAGAUUUUACAAUGUGUUCAGUGGCUAACUUUGAAGUAUUACCUCUUAACCCAAUUUGUUAUCUUGUUUUGCUUUAUAUUAAAAAAACAUUUUCAAAAAUGGACUGUCUUUUUCAGACGUCUGCCUUUUACAAUACCUUUUUCAUUAAAUUAUGAAACUGCUAA